GUGAGCACAAUAACCCAAAUUUUUAUGAGACUCAAUCCCAACGGUCUGCCUAUUCACAAAGCUACAUUUUCAGUCGCGAAAUGUUGACGAAUGAAGACUAUCUCAGUUUUUUGAGUUUGUUCAAUCCGGUUUUUUUCUGCACUUCCGUUAUUCUACAAACCAUUUGGCUUUUGUUCAUUAUCUUCCACUCUGCAAAAAUGGGAAUCUUUCGAUUCAUCAUAGCACACACAAGUGUCUGCAACAUUGCUUGUCUUUGUCUCGUUGUGUUGUUCCAAUUUCGGCAGGUGUCCUCAAAUGUUCCGGUGGAGGUUCGAAGUUAUGGACCUCUUCGAAUUCUUAGUACGUUGACUAUGUACACGUGCCAUCAAAUAUUUCAACUGACUAUAUUGUUGAGUGGUAUAUCAUUGAUUGUCACGCUAUACUUUAAAUUGAUGACAUUACGUUGGACGAAGGUUUCGAGCAUAACAAUGAUACUGACAUUCUUGGCAUUUCACAUUCCAUUUUUUCUUUCAACAGGCUUUGUAAUAUAUCUAAUUCUUACCGUCGCAUACCCUCAAGAGAUUCAAGAGGAACUAGCACUCAAAAAUGCAAACGCCACGGAGUAUUCCAUCGUUGGUCUAAUGAAACUUCAGACGGUCAGUCUAAUGCAAUUUGCUCUUGUUGUCGGUGGUGUCGUACUUUCUCCAUUUAUUUGUUUUGGAAUCAGAGCAAGAAUUUUGAAUCUUCUCAACAAACACCUGGACGCAUCAUCCAGAACCAAAACUCAACACAAAUCAUUUGUUCUGGGUCUUACUAUUCAAUCUGCAAUUCCAACUUUCACUUACUUCCCGAUGUACUGCAUGUAUUUUUAUUGCGUCACUACUAAAACCGAAAUCCUCUUUCAACAGUACUUCAUCUACUUGGCAUCCGCACUUCCAGUGUUCAUCGAACCAAUUGUCACGCUUUAUUUUGUGAUUCCGUAUCGCAAGAAAUUGUUGUCAUGUCUUGGGAAACGAGACAAUUCAGUUGGAACCACGAUUUCGGUGUCUUCAGGCAUUACACGAUCCAGAAUAUGAUUUACAUUCCCACUUGAAAAGUGAACCUGGAUACAAUAAAAUCACUUUGUUGAAAACAUUGCACUAAUAUAUUUUUUGAAUUCUGUAUAUAUAGUAGCAGAUGAUUUUAUAAUAAAUACUGAGUUUGAAGA